AAUAUGUCAGCAGGUCUGUCAAAGCAACAAGAGUAAGGUUAGGAGAGUUGAGAAAAACAUGCGAAAGUUUAGGAAUUUCCAAACAAACGCCCCGACAAAUUAAGGAAAUUGACUGAAAUGGUUGACGCUCCGCAAUACCCAACUAUCAACCGAGAGGCACCGAAUAUACUAGUAACGGGAACUCCCGGUGUUGGAAAGUCCACUCUAUGUAAGAAAUUGGCCGAAGUGACUGCAUUGCGUUGGUUGGAAAUCUCUAAAAUUGCCAAGGAUAAUAACUGUUUGCAGGAGUACGACCCCGAAUUCGAUACACAUGUGCUGGAUGAGGAUAAGCUAAUGGACGGCCUGGAGGAAGUUAUGAGCAUAGGGGGAAACAUAGUGGACUAUCACAGCAGCGAAUUUUUCCCAGAGCGAUGGUUCGAUGUAGUGUUCGUUCUCACGGCCGACACUAGCAGUCUGUAUGAUCGACUCAAUUUGCGUGGCUAUUCAGGCAAAAAACUAGAAAGCAACAUCGAAUGUGAAAUCUUCAAAAUAUGUCUAGACGAAGCAAAGCAAUUUUACAGAACCCAGAUAGUACAUUCACUGGAGAGUAUAAAUGAAGCACAGCUAGAGGAAAACGUUCAGAAAAUAUGCCAAUGGAUACAAAUGUGGCUCAACAAUCGAGAAAUGAAUCCCCAAUUAAACAGUUAGGCUUUAUUAGACUUAAGACUCACCUUAGCCUAUUCAUAAUGUCAACUCCCGCCUGGUGCCGAACGCAACUGGUCACAUAAUCCAAAGGAAUCUGCUUUUUCUGUUUGCAGUCCCUUUUGAUAUCCUGCACUGUGUGCUCGUCCCUCAACACAUACGGGCAUUGCUCUUUACAAGUCUUCAACAUUUUCUCUAUCAUUACCUGCAACAAUCAUUAAAAUCAGUCGGUUUAAUCUGUAUUCGCAGGCUCUUUUGCUUUUUACCUGUAUACUAUCACAAACACUAUUAUAAAUAUCACUAGAGA